AUGACCUGUUUUGAUUAUUCCAGCUUUUGUUUCGCCAUAGUAACUAACGUCACGACGGAAAACCUAACAAUAGAUGAAAAAAAUGACGCAUGGGGGUGUAGUUUCAUUGGGGAAACCGUUCAUCAGUUUAAAUCUGUCGACAAAAUUAAAUACGAGAAGGAGAACGAUGACGUCACCGACACGUCAUACUGCAUGACCCUUCAUAACAACGUGAACAGAACAUUCCAACUGGUCCCACGAAAUCCAUCACACCUCGCCCACCCAUUCUGCUCUUACCACAUCUCCACUUCCCACUGCAGACCGUUGCUCCAGCACGGAAUUGUAUUACUGAUCAACUUACCGAGCUCCCGUAAUUCUAGCGACAAGUAUGGUGAAAAAAUGAUGCGGGCGUUCAACAAACCAGCUUACGAUAAGGAUGGCAACUUAGUAAUAAACUCGCUGUACAGCAACACAAGUCAAUGUUACGUGGUGUAUCAGAAGGUUACAACUUGGUUCGAAGCGAUGAAUUUGUGUGAUAAGUUCGAAGGCAACUUGGUUCACAUGUCGGUUGAUGAAGAGAUUGAUUUGAUGAGUGGGGAUCUUCUGUUGAACAACACCGUAAACUUCAGCAUGUGGCUGGGUCUGACCAGACAACUCUGGACCUGGAAUCACAAAGGCUCGACCAAAAAUAAAUUCACUGAAGAUAAUUUUCAAGUUUUUAUACAUACGCAGCACAUACAUAUCUUGGAUGAAUAUGAAAAACUUCAGCCUCUCAAGCAACCAAAACUAUCUCUACUUCAAUAUUCAUCCGAUGAGUGGAAGCUGAGCCAGAUUUACCAACCGAAAAAUUUUUUCAUCAUCUGCAUGUCUGCUCAAAGAAUGAACAUUAAUAAAUAUGGCGAAAUAGCGCCAAAAGAUCACAAGGGCAAAAGGGUCAAGAAGGUUGGAAAGGUCAAACGGGUCACGGAGGUCGAAACAGUUGUGAGGGUUGGUGUGGGUAGGGUUAGGGUUAGUGAAACAAAUAGUUUAUCAGAUGACCGGACGUUAAAUCUCGUAAAAACUGUUGAAAAUACUGAAAUGAAUCAUGAUUAUUGUUUGAUGAAAAGAAUAGAACAUUGA